AUGGCAAAACUUAUUGAUGAGAAUGAAAUAAGAAGAUCUGGCAUUCUAGGAAGCAGCAAUCGAAUAGUUGCCAUUGAUGUUAAGGGAGUUGAUGAAGAUGAAAGUAACGAGAUUAGUAAUACUAAUGAUCCUCUCCCUCUUUCUUCUAGUAAACGAUUCGAUGAAAAUUCAACUGAUCAACAGGAACCCAUGUGGAGAAAGUUUUUAUCAUUUGUUGGUCCUGGAUUUCUAGUUUCAAUGGCUUAUCUCGACCCUGGCAAUUUGGAAACUGACUUGCAAGCUGGAGCUAAUCAUAAAUACCAGCUUCUAUGGGUGGUACUUACUGGAUUAAUUUUCGCUUUAAUUACGCAAUCUCUAGCAGCAAACCUAGGAGUAUCCACUGGCAAACACUUGUCGGAGCAUUGCAAAUCGGAGUACCCAAUGGUAGUGAAUUACGGGUUAUGGUUGCUAGCAGAGUUGGCUGUAGUAGCAGCUGAUAUACCUGAAGUCAUUGCGACCGCCUUCUCAUUAAACAUUCUAUUUCAGAUUCCUCUUUGGGCUGGUGUUCUUCUUACUGGUUUAAGCACUCUCCUCCUCCUCGGAAUCCAUAGAUAUGGGGUUAGAAAGUUGGAAAUAUUGAUAGCAAUGUUUAUGCUUGUAAUGGGUGCUUGCUUCUUCGGAGAAAUGGGUUAUGUAAAGCCGCCGGCGGAAGAGGUAAUCAAGGGCAUGUUUAUACCUAAGCUCGCAGGCAACGAGGCCACUGCUGAUGCCAUUGCGUUGUUGGGUGCUUCUAUUAUGCCGCACAACCUCUUUCUCCACUCGGCUCUUGUGUUAACCAGAAAAGUACCCAAGUCUACAAAAGGCAUUAACGAUGCAUGUAGAUACUUUCUACUAGAGAGUGGUUUCGCCUUCAUACUUGCGUUCUUGAUCAACGUAGCUGUUGUAUCGGUAUCAGGCAGAAUAUGUUCAGGAGAUAGUCUUACACCAGAAGUGGCAGAGUUAUGCAGUGUUUUAACACUUAAUAAUGCAAAUCUUCUUCUAAAAAACGUUUUGGGCCGAAAAUCUGCCUCUAUUAUUUAUGGAAUUGCCCUCUUUGCAUCUGGACAAAGCUCUACAAUCACUGGCACUUAUGCUGGCCAAUACAUUAUGCAGGGAUUUUUAGACAUCAAGAUGAAAUCAUGGUCAAGGAACUUAAUGACUCGAUGCAUCUCAAUUGCACCAAGCCUAAUAGUUUCAAUCAUUGGAGGAUCAUCAGGAGCUGGGAAGCUCAUUAUUAUUACCUCGAUGAUAGCAUCAUUUGGGGUUCCAUUUGCUCUAAUUCCACUGCUUAAGUUCAGCGGUAGUUCCACUAAGAUGGGACCUCACAAGAACUCCAUUAUUAUUAUGAUCAUCUCAUGGAGUUUGGGACUAGGAAUAAUGGGCAUCGACAUAUAUUUCCUUAGCACAGGAUUUGUGGGUUGGCUAAUUCAUAGUAGUUUGUCAAGAAUAAGCAAUGUGUUCAUUGGAAUCGCGGUGUUUCCCUUAAUAGCUCUUUAUGUUGUAGGAGUAAUCUAUCUCAUGUUUAGAAAAGAUAGGGUUGUUACAUUCGUCGACUCUCUUGAGCUUUCUUCAAAUGCUGCUAACAAAGAAGAUCUUCCAGACACACUACCAUAACACCCUAAACCAUAUAUACUUCGUAAGUUCGUAUAUAUGGCACUUCAAACGUUACUUGGCCAAUAAUAUAUUUGAGAGAAAGGAUUUUACGAAAUAGUUUGAAAAUAGAAUCGAAGUUUAUGUUAGUAAUUAUUAUGUAAGUGAUCAAUGUAACAUUAAAUUGUAAUAUAUAAAUGAACAGACAAUGUUAAUUAAUUAUAUAUGUGUAUUUUGUAUUAAGAGCUAGUUUAGUUCAAUGUAAUAGUUUAGUUUGAUAAGAGAAAUUUUAGUUUGUAAUAGUUAU